ACAACACUUUUCCAGGCAGCAGCAGUUCCCCGAUCGCCGUGAUCCGGAGAGGACGGUCCCUCUCUCGUGCUAAGCUUACCUCGGUCUAGUGGGUGGCUGAGCAACACGUGAGUGUUGGUUGGCUGUCUGUCUGUCUGUCUGUCUGUUGGCUCUGUUGUUGUUGUUGUUGUGGCCGCAACUGCAGGUACUCUGGAUCUGACUAGUUGCAGUUUUCUUCCUUGUGCAUCCCAACUGUGUCAUUGUUAUUGUGUUAUGAGACAUUAGUGUCAGUUGCUAGAAUUAUACAUACAUCCGAGAUCGUGACUGCAAACCCGAUAAUUCGAUUGACUUAAACAUUAGCCUCCCCCGGGGGAUUUCUUGACACUGGCUUUUCAGUAAACGUGCCAAUUACUCCUCUCGGCCGGUGAUGUUUUCGUUAUAACCACAGGUUGUCGCAAUCACUGCUGCGGCUCAAAAGGAAUUCACCACAUCAAAGGCGGUCAUUCAGAAGCCCCAGCAGCUCCUCCUCCAGGAAAUACCAGAACUCUUUUUAGCCUCGGCGUCGGCUCCAGGACAAGUGGUGGCAUUAUGCAAUAGUGUUAACAAGCGUCUUGGUUUUUUUCUUCAUUUUUUUUUACAAGGUGGUGUGAUUUCGCUUCAGGAGGGAUUUGCCCUGACCAGUUUGAUAACUGGGAACGAUGCUUUGCACUCCCCAUUGAAUACCGCAAGAAGUGUAGGUCUAGACCUAACUGAAUGCACAUACCUUUGCCACAAUCACCAGUAUACAUUGGCAAUAAGGAGUACUCGAUUUUGAAAGGCGAAAGACAGCCAGAACAACAGCAGCAGCAGUGAAGGUUAACUAGGAAAAUUUAAGAUGAGAAAGGAUACUAGUGCUUUGAACAAUUCGGACUUAGUAACUGGUAGUACGUCGCCCUAUUGAAGGAUUUGGUCAAGGGAAAAAUGUCCCCAGCAGAGGGUGCUGGGCUGUCCGUGGGUGGCCGUGGUCAGUCCAAGGAGACGCCCCCACCAGCAAGAUCGGCCAGACAAGAAAGGAGGUCAAAGUGACACCAUUCAAACGAAGUCGCUCGAGGGUGUACUACGCAUCUCAGAGUGAUGGCUGGACGGGCGAGGCUGCUACACCUAAGGACAAGCCGGUCUGCCGGGACUUGAAUUUGAGAUCGUCGCCUGGACCGCCUACGGGCGUGACCCAGGAAAUGAGAAAUACUUCUGCUGGCAAGUCCUCGCCCGCAGACAGGUCCCCGUAUUCAUUUAGGUCUGGCGGUCUCCGGAAAUUGAGCCAGAGCUUCGAAGAAGCCAGCAGUCGGGUCAGCCCACCAGAUGUGAAUGACGUACUUCGGGAAGCUGUUAUUUUAGAGACUGGUGAGGAUGCCGCAGCUCCGGAGAGGAAGCUGGGAAGUGUCCCCAGGGGGGUCAUUUAGAGGUUCUCUAAGGGGAUCUCCUUCCCACAGGUCUCAGGACUCUGGCUACUCUGACUCAGGGGAGUCCACCAACGCCCAGAAUGAUAGCGACGGGCCUUCUACCACCCCUCCCAACGUGAAACACAUCACUCGGGUUUACUUCAGCGAUGGACUCGAACAAGCUCGGUUGUACAAUGAUAAAAUUGUCUGUUCUCCGGAAGUCAAUGGUAGUUUUAUAAGUCCUCGACCGAGUCCUUCGGGAAGAAGUCCUAUGAUUGAUAAUGUUUCUACGGUAAGUGUUGGGAAACCAAGUCCUACCGGUAGCCAAACAAGUUCAAAAAGUCUUAAUUUAUCAGCAGGUCAGACGAACCCCGUUUAUUCAAGCUUAUCGAGGUCAAACCUCGUCAGUCCUCAGGUCAGUCCCGGUAGCAGGGGCGAUGCGAGCUUGGAGGAGUUGUCGGAGGAACUCGAGACCAAAAGCAUUUUAGAAGCCGCAAUAGCGAAGAGGACGGGCGCCGUCAGGAAGAGAACUCCAAAUGUAUCCUCUGCAUUCAAGAGAGGACAGAGGAAGAGCUCGAGCAGUGAAAAACUAACGGCUGAUGGCAGAGCCGAAUGUAGGAGGCCUGCUCCUUUGAGGGCCAGAAGACGAUGCUCAGCUGGCGACCUGCAUUACCAGCAGCAACAGCAUCAGCAGCAGCAGCAUGCUUUUCAUCUUAAGAAACACGCAAAGAGCCAAGACCAGGUAACUACUUCGCCGACGUAUACCUCACAGAGCACCAGUACAAUCGAUCUCGGUAAGAUAAACCAAGGGUGUGGUGGGACAGGAAGACUCGGAGGGGCCUGCUCACUGGAUGCCUUAGAUGACCCUGUUCCCGCUUCAAGGGUAGCUGGGCAUCUGGAUGCCUCUUCUUCGUCCGCAAUCUCGUCGUCUUCGCCAGUUCGACCCUCCAGUCUUGCUGCCUCUCUCUCGCGUCCCCAGCAAACUACUCGUAGAUUAAGGAUACAUCCAGUAGCCAUCGCCAAAGAAAUGAGGAACGAGUCUGUUAGUCAGUGGCUCCGAGAUCUCCACCUCCUUUAUGAGGCCGAGUGCAUGAACACCCUGCAGUCCAAGUCUCUUCCUGGGGACUGCGGAAACACGAAGAGACGCGCCCACAACCAAGCUCACGCCACGACCCGCUACGCCAUCAGAGCUAUCCAGCGCAGGGCCCACGCUGUCUCCACGGAAUUCGCCAGACUUUGCCAGCGUCUGGAAUGGCUGGAACUGGACCAGGUUCCAUCCUUAGCCGAGUCCCUGGUGGGCCACAUCCGAAACUUCCUGAGGGAUUACACCACCCAGUGGACAGCCGCAGACCCCGACCUCCAGCCACAGUCGUCGUUAGGACGCCAGAGCAAAGUGAUCCAGCAAAUCUGCGAGAGGCUGACGGAAGUCUGCGACAAGAUUUCCACGAAAAACGACAAACACGACGACAACGACGGCGGCAACCCCGAUGGCGACAGACCGCGACAAGUCGUUCAGGUGGUCACGGCGCUGGGUCAUGCCUUCACGAAGCUGGUUGACCUCAUGCUCAGCAGAGAAAUUAAGGUCGUUGUCCAAGUCUUAGAGGAACCAGAUGCCGAAGAAAAUAUCAGCUCAGCCGUCUCCCACUUGACGGCGUUAGGCGUUGAUGGCGGACACAUAUGCCGCCUCAUAGCGCGUCUCGGAGGCGUGAGGGCGCUGCUGGGUCUGUGCCUGGAACCUCGCCUGUCCCAUGUUCGGGUGGCGUCCCUCAGGGCCUUGGCGACCGUGUGUUGCGUCGUCGAAGGGAUAGAGGAGUUGGAGAAGGCGGGAGGCAUCGAGGUGGUAUCGGAGGUGCUUUGCGAUCCAGAGUGUCCUGAGGAGGAAAGAAGCGAAGCAGCUGGAGUUUUAGCUCAAGUCACCUCACCCUGGGUCGAGAAUAACCACAGACUGACUGCCCUUUAUGAACACAUCCAUUCCAUCGUUAUAGCACUCACAGGUUUAGCGGACUCUACGAGAUCAGCCGAGAUCUUCCUGCUGGCGUCUGCGGCCUUGGCAAACCUAACCUUCCUGGACGGUGGGUGCGUGGAAGCCAUGAGGAAGGCCGGGACUGCUAAAGUUCUCCUGAAGGCGGCCAAAGGCAAUCCAAACCUCUCAGUGUUUACCAAAGAUCAGAUUGCUACAGUGUUAGCCAACUUAGCGGGUUCGCGCGAGACUGCCGAGGAAGUAGUUGCUUGCGGGGGCGUGAACAUCUUGCUGGGGCUGCUGAAUACACGGCCAGCCCCUACGCAUCGCCUGCCAGAGGUUGCCACAGCUGAGAGAAUACAGCAGAAGUCAGCCAUUGCUCUGUCGAGGCUCUGCAAUGAUCCGGACGUGGCCAAGGUAGUGGCGGAAUCGGGUGGGGCUGAACGUUUGGUCCACCUGUGCAAGGACGAAAAUGAACGUAAUCACAGUGACGCCGUUCUCGUGGCGUGUUUGGCUGCUCUGCGCAAAAUAGCGUCCUCUCUGGGGUCUGAUGAACUGAGAGACAUGGACGCAGCCGAACUGGUGGAGCCACGCCUUCUGGAUUCCUUCCUCAUCUACUCUUCGCGUCAGGAGAGUUACGUCUAGAGAGGAACGGAGGGCCGGAAUGGGUCUCUUUGAGUGGUGUGUCUCAUAUCGGGGACCAAGAACUGCGGUGCUGUGCGAUGCUUUACCCUCGUAAAGCCUCGAUUUAAGACAUCCAAGAAAAAUAAACUAAGAGAUCACGGGUGUGACAGAUAUCUGAUUUCGCGAAUGAUGCAGAAUAGUAUUUUAUUCCUGUACGAAAUGGUGUUUAUUCAUGUAGUUUUGGUGAAACAGAAAAUAAAUCUCAAGACGAGGGCUUGCGCCAAGACAUCCGAAAAAAACAAGAAAUAAAAUCAUGAAAUGGUACGGUUUAUGAAAUUGACUUGACGUAUCAGGGAAUUGACCGAAAUAUUUCAUUUGUUGAUAAGAAGGCGUGGUUCAUUCAAGCACUCCUAACAGCGUUUUUAUCUUCGUCUAGUAGUGGUCACCUGAGAAGAUGGUGUGAAUUAUCCAAAAAAAAAAUAAUAAACGAGCUAUUGUAGUGUUAUCACUUGUCGUAAAUCACGCGAGAGUCCUUUUUAUGUUUGCUCAUUAACCAGUUUUCAUAUAUAAUACUGGAAUGCCAGUGAGAUAUUUGGCUUAAUUUUUAAAAAGGUUUCCUUCACUAUUCUGUCCUCUGUCAGUGUGUUAUUUCGAAGUUACGUUUAUUGAUAGUUAUGAAGUCUGUUAAGGUCUGUGUACUAGUUCGGUCUGUCUCAUCAAAGUCUUGUAAUCCUUUGCAGAUUUAUAUCGUCAUCAUUCUGUACAUAUCCGUUAUCUUGAGUAAUGAAAUGUAUUGUUGGUUAUGUAAAUUGUCGAAGUUAUAGUGAUUAUUAAUAUUAAUAAUUUCAUUUUAUAGUUUCCUCUUAUCAUUGUUAGACAUUCCAUUUAUUCUAGUUUAUCUUACCUCAAACAUCAAACAGUUGUUGAAAAUGUUUAGUGAUUAGAAGUCCCAUUUGGAACCUUUUUGCAUUUACUUUUAUCCCUACCAUCAGAAUGUUUUUGGGUUUACAGUGUCCUUGAGUAGAGGCAGUUUAUAUUAAUUGCCAUGAAAGGUUAAUUAAUUUGAGAAAAAAACAUUACCAAAUGCGGUACCAGAAGAAUUUAUUUCUGGCGAUUAGAAAUUCAUUUCUCGAUAUGAUGUGGUUCGGAUCUCACAAUAAGCUGUAGGUCCCGUUGCUAAGUAGCCAGAUGGUUCCUAGCCACGUAAAUAAAAAUCUAAUCCUUCGGGCCAGCCCUAGGGGAGCUGUUAAUCAGCUCUCAGUGGUCUGGUUAAACUAAGAUAUACCUAAAUUUUACGGUAGUCAAUUGACCAAUGGGUAUGAGGCAAGGGACUUUUUAGUACCAACUGCAUUUUCUGUAAAAUUUCAUUUUGCUUUUACUGAUUGAACUAGAAGGCGUGGGAUACUAAAUUGUAACCAAAUUAUAUCAAAUGGUCAUUUGUGUUUUGUUGGCUCAUAUUAAAUUCAAACAAUUUUUGUAAAUUGAAAAAAAUUUUUUUUUUCUGUUUUAGAUAGUUCUUCUUUGGUUUAAUAAUGAUGAAAGUUUUGGGGCAUUUUCUUCUUCCAAAGUUUUGUGGCCCUGUUUCUCUAGUCAUUUGAUGUUGACCAAAAAGCUUAUGUUCUUUGUAUAAUAUGAUUUAUAUUGUAUCUUGUCAUAUAUUGUACAUAUUUUAAUACAGACGAUUUUGAUUGAA